GGCGAGAGGAAAAAGUUGAAAGAUACGUUGGCUCCUGCAACCCAAUUUAUGUGGAAUCUCAGAGGAAAGCUGGAAGAAGCAGCUAUCAACCUGCACAAAAUACAAGAGAGCCAUAACGAUAUCAAAAAACAAUACAGACGUCUUGAAAUUAAAUCAAUGUAUCUCACUGACUUCGUAAACCCUCGAUUUAUGAAGCUACCACAAAGACUGUACUCAAAAGGAAUGUCUAAAUAUGGUCUUCUCAGCUCUCCCAAACAUGAUUAUCAGCCGUUCGUUUUUAUGCCUUGUGGUUUUCUGCCUCUUCUCUAUACAUAUACCCUAUGCUCUAUAUCCUAUGUCCUAUGGUUAUGUCCUAUGCUUUAUAAUUGUUUAACUUGACCAUCCCAUAUUAAAUAAAACUGCAAAUGAAAUUUCAGUAGA